CUAGGGGGCGCCCGGCAGGACACGCCGGAAGCCGGAAGUGCCGGGAGAACCGGAAGCUGCGGAAGGCGGAAGUGGCGGCGGAGCGCGAUGGCGGCGGCGGUGUCGGCCCUCAGCAGCCUGGGGGUGCCGGAGGCCGAUGUUGGGAGCGAGGAGGAAGAGGAGGAGGAGGAGGCAGAGCCCGGCCCGUCCGCGGCGGCGGCGGCGGAGCAGAGGCGGGAGGAGCGGCUGCGCCGGUUCCGGGAGCUCCACAUGAAGCGGUACGAGGCCUGCAAGCUGAACAGCCAGGAGGUGGUGGAGGAGGACAAGAGGCUGAAGCUGCCCCCGAACUGGGAAGCUAAAAAAGCUCGGCUGGAGUGGGAGCUGCAGGUGCAGGAGAAGAAGAAGGAGUGUGCAGCCCGGGGUGAGGACUACGAGCGGGUGAAGCUGCUGGAGGUCAGCGCCGAGGACGCCGAGAGGUGGGAGAGGAAGAAGAAGAAGAAGAACCCCGACCUGGGCUUCUCAGACUACGCGGCGGCGCAGCUGCGCCAGUACCAGCGGCUGACCCGGCAGAUCAAGCCCGACCUGGAGCAGUAUGAGAAGCUCAAGGAGCAGCACGGGGAGGCCCUGUACCCCACCUCGGACAGCCUCCUGCACGGCACCCACGUGCCCUCCAAGGAGGGCGUGGACAGGAUGGUGGCAGACCUGGAGAAGCAGAUCGAGAAGAGGGAGAAGUACAGCCGGAGGCGGCCCUACAACGACGACGCCGACAUCGACUACAUCAACGAGAGGAACGCCAAGUUCAACCAGAAGGCAGAGAGGUUCUACGGGAAAUACACAGCUGAGAUCAAACAGAACCUGGAGAGGGGCACGGCCGUGUGAGCCUGCCUGGGUCCUGUGAGCUCA